GCGGACGUGCUGACUCAAAAUUACCAUAGCGUACCAAGUUCACACAUAGAGUCGUGCCGGAGACCUUCGUCAUGGCAUGCCGAUUUUAUCAAAGACGCCGACAAUGAUUGCGUCUGUGAAAUUAUAAAUAGAGACUGAACGGUGCAAUAGCACCCACAGUCUGCAGCUCCUUCACCUCACGUCUAUAAUCACAGUUCAAGAUGACUACCAAGCAGAAGAGUGCGUUGAACAUUGUCAUGGGGGCCAUGACUUUUGGCGAGGCUGGGAAAGAGCAGGCCCGGGUACACGAUCUAAAAGACGUCGAGGCAAUAUUAGACGUCUUCCAAAAGCAUGGCCACUAUGAGGUUGAUACUGCUCGAUUUUAUGGUGGCGGAACAAGUGAGGAAUACCUUGGCAAGAUCAAUUGGCAGAAUCGUGGACUCGUAAUGGAUACAAAACUUUACCCAACAACGUCGUAUACGGGUCCUCCGCGAGACGACAUGGUACUUAUUUCGCACAGACCUGAGGAUCUACGGAAGUAUCUCCAAAUCCAGCUCAAGGCACUGAAUACAGACAAGAUUGACAUGUGGUAUCUGCAUGCACCGGACAGAACGACUCCUUAUGACGUGACCUUGAAGGCUGUAGAUGAGCUGUACAGAGAAGGGCAUUUUAAACGCUUUGGGAUCAGUAAUUAUACCUCCUGGGAAGUCGCCGAAAUUGUGACUAUAUGCAGAGAAAGGGGAUAUAUUCAGCCGACCGCCUACCAAGGCUUAUACAAUGCAAUCCAUCGUGGUGCAGAGCCCGAAUUGUUUCCUUGUCUGAGAAAGUUUGGUAUAAGCUUCUAUGAGUUCAACCCUCUUGGCGGAGGAUUCUUCACGGGACGUUACAUGAAGCCCGAUGAUGCAGUUGAAGACGGAGCACGGUUUGAUCCCAGCAAGAUGCAAGGACAGGGAUACAGGAAAAGGUACUGGAAUGAACCACACUUCAAGGCACUUGAAAUCAUCAAGAACGCGUCUGAUAAAGCAGGGUUGACGAUGGCCGAAGUCGCGCUUCGCUGGGUAUCACAUCAUAGUCUCAUGAAGAGGGAGCAUGGAGAUGCGAUCUUGAUUGGGGCUUCGAGUCUUAAGCAUAUUGAGCAGAAUCUUAUUGACCUUGAGAAGGGGCCUCUUCCCAAUGAGGUGGUCAAGGCGCUUGACGAAGCGUGGAUGCUUGUCAAACCAUAUGCUUCAAAUUACUUCCACUAAUCAGUAUUUUCUGUCUUGCCGCAAUGAAGAAAGGAAGAAAGUAUAGGAUAGUAGACAAAUAUGAGAAUUAUGAGCAUAUUUGCUCAAUUUAUGUAUUCUUUAAGUCAUUUGUAUGACUAACGAAACGAAUACAUUGGUACGGAAUAAUCAUG